AUGGCCUCCGUCGCCCUGCUGGCGGGCGAUGCGGCGGCACGUGCUCGCGCCCACGUGGCGCUGAGUGCUGGCGCCUCCCUGGAGGAAGUGGAGGAAGCACGGCACCUGGCGGAGGACGUCCAAACGGAGCAGGCAUUCCUGUCAUGGCUCGCGUCAUCCCUGCGGAGCUGCCGACGAUAUGGGGACGCUUUACGUGGGUUUUCCUCAGUCAUCAAAUGCAUCAGUCAGCAGUCAUGA